AUGGUCAGGAGGAGAAAGCAACAGAAGAAAUAUCUGAUUUGGAAUAUAAAGGACGUGCUUCUCAUUCUCAAGGGAAUUGUGGAAUAUGAAAAUGAGAGGGGAUUCAGAUACAAUUCUGAUUGGGAUAUCUUUUAUGGCUAUACCAAGGACUUGAUAAACAUACGCUUCUCCAAAAAGCAACUCAUGGAAGAGGUCAACAAGUUGAAGAUGAGAUUUAAUUUCUAUUCGCAGAGAUCAAAGGAUGGGAAACAACUCUCUUUUACUAAUUCUUAUGAGAAAGAACUCUUCAGAUUGUCAACAAUCAUUUGGGCUAAAAAUGAAACAGAAGAUGCUUCUAGUGAGAAUAGGCAGGACCAAGCUAAGGUUCUUGUUUUGAACAAGGAUGUGCCUUUGGUGGAGCAAAAGCAGGUGAAUGACACAAGAAUUGAUAAAGAUAAGAGCGAGGAGUUAGGUGGUAUGGAUGAAUUUGAUGCUCUUCAGGACGCACUUGAGGCAUCAACAUCUUUUCAGAGUGUAGGGAAAACUCAACAGAAGAUGUUGUUUCAGAAUUUGAAAACUCUUGGAGCUCAGCGAAGGAAGGAGCUAGCUGGUGAAUGGAAGGCAUUGCUUAAUGAGGAGAUGGAAUUGCAUAUGCAGAAACUGACUUUCUUGGCAAAGCUUCCUUGUGCAUGA